AUGAAAUUGGAAAAGACAUGGCAGGACAUGAAAAAAAGUGCAAAAAGAAAAAAUUCUCAAUUGAAAAAAUAUAUGGGCGGAACUGGAGGGGGGCCAUCCAGACCACUAAUCUCAGAGGAAAAUGAGGCAGUGCUAAACAUUAUGAACACUACAUCAUAUGAAGGGGACCCAAACAUUCAAGAAUCUGACUCAAGAAUCAUUUUUGAAUAUGAAGUUGAUAAUGGAAAUAACGAAAAUGUAAAUACAAUUAAUUACAAUGAAUUACAUUCAUCCCCUCCGUCUCCAAAUGUAGCUGAUUUACCUGUGGCUGGUCCAUCCGAAGACAAAAAAAAAUAUUGUAGAAAAAGGGAAAACAAUUCUUAA